AUGUCUACGCAGUGCGCUGAUAACGCGACAGUAAACCUGGCGCUCGCAUUCGCCCGCCGCGGCAUCCGCACCGGCAUCCUCGACACCGACAUCUUCGGGCCCUCCAUCCCCACCCUGCUCAAUCUCUCCGGCGAGCCGCGCCUCGACGAUAAAAACUGCCUCGUCCCACUCACAAACUACGGCCUCAAGUCCAUGUCCAUGGGCUACCUCCUCCCGCAACCCGAGCCACCGGCAAACUCUUCCAACAUCCCCAUGGACACGACGCCGAUCUCCUGGCGCGGCCUGAUGGUCACCAAAGCCAUGCACCAGCUGCUACACUCGGUGUCGUGGGGCCCGCUGGACGUGCUCUUCCUCGAUCUGCCGCCGGGCACCGGCGAUGUGCAGCUGACCAUCAACCAGGAGGUGGUGGUGGAUGGGGCGGUGAUCGUGACGACGCCGCAGGAUAUUGCGCUGCGGGAUGCCGUCCGCGGGUUUGGCAUGUUCCAGCGCAUGGAUGUCCCCGUGCUUGGGAUGGUGCGGAAUAUGGCCUUCUUUGCGUGUCCGCAGUGCGGACAUCAGACGAAGAUUUUCUCGCAUGGGGAGAAUGAGCAUGGGCAUGCCGGCGCGGAGGAGGAUUGGGGCGUUGUUGCGGAGUGUCGACGGCUCGGGGUCGAGUUUCUAGGUGAUAUCCCGCUCGAUGCGAGGGUGUGUGAGGAUGCGGAUCGGGGAGUGCCCACAGUAGUUGCGGAGGAGUCCCAGGAGCGCAGUGCACGGCGAGAAGCGUUUAUGGGUGUUGCGGAGAAGGUGGCUAAGAAGGUGGGGGUGAAAUGGUGA